AUGUAUCUCAACUUUACAGCCAUCAUACAGAGGCUCUCGAAGCCAAUUCCAUUCUUUGGGAUCAAAUUAUGGAUUGCAAUUCUCACUUGCAUUGUUCUUUUCGUCCUCAUCUGCAUCACUACUCUCUGUAUCAUCAUAACCAGGCCGCGCCGCCGCUGUAAAGCACGCAAGUCCUUGAAGCCAAUGGGCAUGAGAAGUAUCCCAGAAAAACAAGUGAUAGUUUCUACUCGUAGAGCAACUAAGCCUAGUUAUCAAUUCAGAUUGAUAGAAAUUCAAGCAGUAACAAAUGACUUUGCUGAUGAAAACGUAGUUGCUUGCGGAGAUUAUGCCAUUGUUUAUCAUGCUAUCAUGUUUGGUAACACUCGAGUUGCAAUAAAGCGGUUGCUCAGUUGCAGGACUAAAGCGAAGGAAUUUACAGGGGAGGUGGAAGUAUUAUUGGGACUCAGACACAAAAACAUGGUGAACUUGUUUGGUUAUUGUUUUGAAGGAAACUACAGGAUAAUCGUGGAGGAGUACGUAGACAAUGGCAAUCUAGGGCAGUGGCUUCAUGACUGCAUCAGUGAAGUUAGCCCCUUAACAUGGAAUAUACGGAUGAACAUUGUGCUUGGAAUUGCAAAAGGUUUGGCUUACCUUCAUGAGGAUACUGAACCAGCUGCUAUAAUACAUCAACACCUAAAGUCAAGUAGCAUUUUGCUAGAUAGGCAUUGGAAUCCAAAGAUUUCUGAUUUUGGUAUCACCAAUUUCUUAUAUUCUGAUGAAAGAAGUAAUCACCCAAUAACAACCCCUCCUGGAAUGUCAGGCUAUCUUGCACCAGAAUAUUUAUCCACCGGAAUUUUAGACGAGAAGAGUGAUGUUUACAACUUUGGUAUACUUAUCAUGGAGAUCGUAUCAGGAAAGCCUUCCAUAAAGUACACUAGCACAGAAAAUGAGGAAUAUUUAAUUGACUGGAUGAAAUCAAUGGUGGCAAGCCAACAAUAUGAUCAAAUAGUGGAUCGAAAGCUACCAGAAAGGCCUAGUAUGAAAGAACUGAAAAUAUUUCUGCUCAUUGCUCUUAGAUGUGUUGAUCCAGAUGUCAACAACAGGCCUAAAAUGGGAGAAGUGAUCCAUAUGCUGCAGCCGCGCGAUUUACUACUCAGCGAUAUGUCAUCAGUUGGUGACGGUGAUAGACAUCGCGAGAAUCUUGGAGUUAGCCAGACUAAACAGGCUAAAAAGAAGAAGUCUAGGAGAUCCAUAGAUCCUGAGGAUAUUGUAGGAUCUAUUUCUUCUAUGCCAGAGCACAUCAAUCAUGAUACUCAUUUAUUUGUUGUUUCGUUUGUCGGUGCUUUCUCUACUUCACAAGCAUUGCCUGUACGACGCUACAAGGACCUACCUUUACAGGUUAUUUAUCGAGCACGACCCUUAUCGGCAGGUACUCUAUCUCCCACAGAUACAUCUCCUCAGUUUUCUGCCAUGAGGAUUGGAGAUUCUAGUAACGAGCAGUUAGAUGUUAUGACCGGUACGCCUCCAUUUACUCAACAUUUUGUGCAUCCUGAUGUAUCACCCUCAUCUACAGCUAGACCUAGUGCUACACCAGAUGAUAAGAUGCCUGCUCUAGCUCCUGGCCAGAAGGAUAGAUUUGGUAAAGUCAUGAUUGAGCCGGAUGGAUCAUCGUACAAUUUGGUCAUUACGACCACAUUUGAGAGAAGGGCAUCCGCCAGACUGUCUAGUUGGCUAAAGAAAGUUUGGGAUAGUGGUGAACGUCCGGAUUGGAUGUUGCCUCAUGUUUUUGAUGAAUUGGGUCUGUAUUGGAACACAAACAAGCUUAAGGUAAUAUCAGAACAAACUAAAAAGGCUAGAGGCAGUCUUAAGGGUGGCUCGUUGCACACCGGAGGUGCAAAGACCGUUGGAACAAUUAUAAGAGAGACGAAUGAGUUUCAUCACUACGUCGCUGAGAAUCUAGAUAGUUCGGUCGAAAUGACACAUGAACUGUCCACCCAGAUUUGA